CUCGCCGUGUCAAAGUUACGGAACUAAAGUGACCGCAAGCCCCACCACAUGGGACUACGACUGUUAUGCUUUUCAUAUAAAAGUCCAGCCGAACCCGAUUGUGCUAUCAGUCACCUACUCUGAUUAACAACAGCAAAAUGUUCUCAAAAAUCGUAGCUCUCAGCGCUGUGUUGGCCGCCGCCAACGCUGGCCUCCUGCCUUACCACCACGCGUCCGCGGUGUCAUCGCAGUCCAUCGUGCGCCACGAGACUCCCGUGCACUACGCACCCGUGGUACACGCCGCACCCGUGGUACACGCCGCACCCGUGGUACACGCUGCACCCGUGGUACACGCUGCCCACUACGUACACGCCGCCCCUAUCGCUGUUGCCCAUUCUCACCCCAAAUACGACUUCUCUUACUCCGUGGCCGACCCCCACACCGGUGACCACAAGUCCCAGCACGAGAGCCGCGACGGUGGCGCCGUACAUGGAAGCUACUCCCUGGUUGAACCCGACGGUUCCGUCCGCAAAGUAGAGUACACCGCUGACGACCACCACGGUUUCAACGCUGUUGUGCAUAAGACCCACGGCUACCACCCCGCUCCCGUCGCGCACGUCGCCCCCGUUGCACACGUCGCGCACGUCGCACCCGUCGCGCACAUCGCCGUCGCACCCUUAGCGCAUGGACAUCAUGGCCUCCAUUACUAAACGAUAUAGCUGUAAUAUUGGUGUACUCGUGAUGGAUGACUGAUGUUUGGGAUAUUUAUGUAUGUGUAUGUAACUAUAAUGUAAUAAACGUUUGUAAAUAAAAUACUCAUUGCUGAUCAGUA